GCUUUCUGCCGAGACUCGCCCUUGCCUUGACGCCGAUGCAGCUCUCAGCACUCGCGCCAGUUUAUUUCCCGGUGAUCGUCGCAGCCGAUUCCGCCGAGGCCCACAUCAUCGACGACAUCGCCAGCGAAGUGCACGACAUGAUCGCGGAGUACGACUCGGAGAUGCUCAGCGAGGCGGAGCAGGCGGCGAGCUUGGAGCACGAUGAGGACUUGCCCGAGUACGAUCUCCCAGCCGCGGUCGGCGUGGCCCUGGACAAGGAGCAGCAGCUGCGUGACGCUCUGCACGCGCCUCCCUCGCCUCCCAAGGGCGACACCUCAGGCCGCCGUCGCCACUGAGCAACGCUCGGCCCACUACUGCCGCCCCUUGCCCCCUGGCUCUCCUGGGAGCAAAGAGCCGCUUAGCCUUGUACCAUCGCGAACAUGUAGCUGCAUUAGCUAGGACGCUUGAAAGUGCGUUCUCCAUUGCCACUGCCAUUGGCUCGCCGUGUGCAGAGGACGGUAUCGUUGAGGGUUGCUUCCUUGGCGCGCACUCCCAGUUACGAGUUAGCAUGUCUCUAGCAAGCACAUGUGUCAAGUGAGUUAAAGUACUUUCUUUGGGUGAGGUACAUCCCACAGCACCAGCCACCACGUAGAGCCGUACAGCCGAGGCAGCACCCUGGACCCUCACCCGCUUUCCCUGACUUCGCGGACUCGACCGGCCUGACCCGGCCCCCCAGCCGGCGGCGAGGCGACGGGAUGCGCGGCCGCUGCCGCGGCCGCCGCCGCAGCAGCAUUGGCCGCAGCUGCGGCUGCUGCAGCGGCCGUUGCCGCGGCUGCGGCUGAGGGCCGGGCUUUGCGCUCGAGCGGGGCUGCACGUGCACCUUCACUGGC